AGUAUCGAGACCUACUGAGGAGAAAGAAGAGAGGCGACCGGGAAGGAUGGCCAUCAUACCGCGCAUGAGGGUGUCCACAAGGGGCGAGCUCCUGGUGUGCGUGUCGUGCGCCGUCUACGUCGUCUACUACAUCCUGGUGGUGGUGCGCACGCCACGGCUGGUGUGCCGAACCGGCCGCCUGCGCCGCUUCAUGCACUCCAGCAUGGGCGACUUCUUCAGGCACUACUACUGCGCCCCGAUCUGGUGCAUCGGCGCCAACCUGCAGUGCCUCGUCGGCUGCCUCUACAACUGGUGGCUGCCGCGGCUGCCGUACCGGCGUGAGUUAUUCGUGCUCUCAGACCGGGGCCUAGUGGCGCUCGACUGGGUGAACGAGGACCAGCCGGGUCCCGUGGUGCUCCUGGCCGGCGGAGGCUUCAUGGACAGCCAGAGCCGGCCUUGGCGCGCGCUCAUCCCCGCGCUCACCGCGCUCGGCUUCCCCUGCGUGGUGGUGAACGGCCGUGGCUGCGGUGGCGUCCCUCUCACCACGCACCGCAUCACCUAUGCGAUGAGCGUCAACGACUUCGCGGAGGUGGUGGCCGAGGUGCGCAAGCGCUACCCGGCGGAGUGCUUGCUGGGCGUGGGCGUGUCCUUUGGAGGCCUGCAGCUCGCUCUGUACCUGUGCCAGUGGGGUCCCCGCGCGCAGUUGGACGCGGCGGUGGCCGUGUCGCCACCUUUCCAGAUGGGUCUGACGACCCGCAAUCUGCGUAAAUGGGGGACCAGCAUGCUGCUCGACACCUGGAUCACCCGGCGCUUCGUGGGCUGCCUGCGCGACAACCAGGAGGUCGUGCGCUCGACCAAUAUAGUCAACGCCGAGAGUGUGUUCAGUUGCUGGACGCUGGCUUCAUUCAACAAGCACUACGCAGCUCCCGUAUUUGGCUUCGCAUCUAUAGAGGACUUCUACGAGAGCUGCAGCCUCAAGGGACGCCUGUGCACGGUGCAGCGUCCCCUGGUGUUCCUCGUGUCGGCGGACGACACGCUGAACCCCGGCGCCGCCUGCCUCGAAGCCGAGAUCCUGAACUCGCCCUGGCUGGCCGCCGUGGUGACGCCGCGUGGCGGCCACAUGGGUUUCGUGGACGGCUGGCUGUGGCCGCAGCAGCCCUUCUACCUGGAACGCUUCGUCACGUCGUUCGUCAAAGGCGUGCAACGCGUGUGCAAGGAUUGGGGUGUGCGGGUGCUGCACAACCUGGGAGACUGACGCUGACGCCGCUGAAAGAGCGCGUUGGCGUCGCUCCCGACUCCUCGACUACGCUAAGCGCGGAAGUAAUUAAAUAAGAAAACAUCUGCAUUUCUUAA